AUAAGCAAAUCCAUUCUUGUGCAGUUUCUCGGAAAAGCUUUUCAGUAAAUGCACCCAUGCUGCUCGAGAAGCUCUUCUCUGCAACAAGCCGCCCAUCUGCCAUCAACAAGUUAAGACGGAGGGGACCGACAGCUGCGGUAAGGAAAGCCUGAAGCUGACGGUCGGCAGUGAUCAGGAGGAGGAGAUGAUUAACUUAUAAUCAAAGCUGAUGUAGGGAUCAGAGCACCACAGAAAAUGAAAACGAUGCUAUCCAGAGGAAUAUCCUAAGGAAAAACCAAUUCACCCUGGCAGAUUUGAAUUGUGCUUGGAAACCCUGGGACACAGACAACAGGAAACCGGUCAAAGGCUCCUGCAUGCUAGAGCCUUUUACAGACUCACUGCGUUGAGUCUGACAACCUCGACUGAAUGCAGCCUCCAAUGUGCUCAGAAGAAUGGGCUUACAUUUCAAGUGGCCAUUAGGGGCCCCUAUGCUGGCAGCAAUAUAUGCAAUGAGUGUGGUUUUAAAAAUGCUGCCUGCCCUGGGCAUGGCGUGUCCACCCAAAUGCCGCUGUGAGAAGCUGCUGUUCUACUGCGACUCUCAGGGCUUCCAUUCGGUGCCAAACGCCACAGACAAGGGUUCUCUGGGCCUGUCCCUGAGGCACAAUCACAUCACAGCGCUGGAAAGAGAUCAAUUUGCCAGCUUCAGUCAACUCACCUGGCUCCAUUUAGAUCAUAAUCAAAUUUCAACAGUAAAAGAAGACGCUUUCCAAGGACUAUAUAAACUUAAGGAGUUAAUCUUAAGCUCCAACAAAAUAUUUUACUUGCCAAACACAACUUUUACCCAGCUGAUUAACCUGCAAAAUUUGGACCUGUCUUUUAACCAGCUGUCGUCUCUGCACCCUGAGCUCUUGUAUGGCCUCCGGAAGCUGCAGACCUUGCACUUGCGGUCCAACUCCCUGCGGACUAUCCCAGUGCGCCUGUUCUGGGACUGUCGUAGUCUAGAGUUUCUGGAUCUGAGCACAAACCGUUUGCGAAGUCUGGCUCGCAAUGGAUUUGCAGGAUUAAUCAAACUGAGAGAGCUUCACCUGGAGCACAACCAGCUGACAAAGAUUAAUUUUGCUCAUUUCCUCCGGCUAAGCAGUCUGCACACACUCUUCUUACAGUGGAACAAGAUCAGCAACUUGACGUGUGGGAUGGAGUGGACCUGGAGCACUUUAGAAAAGCUAGACCUGACUGGAAAUGAAAUCAAAGCCAUUGACUUGUCAGUGUUUGAAACCAUGCCUAAUCUUAAAAUACUCCUCAUGGAUAACAACAAGUUAAGCAGUCUUGAUUCCAAAAUAUUAAGCUCCCUGAGGUCCCUCACAACCGUUGGCCUCUCUGGCAAUCUGUGGGAAUGCAGCCCCCGAGUGUGUGCUCUGGCGUCUUGGCUGGGCAGUUUCCAAGGUCGGUGGGAGCAUUCCAUCCUAUGCCAUAGCCCUGACCACACCCAAGGAGAGGACAUUCUAGAUGCAGUCCACGGGUUCCAGCUCUGCUGGAAUUUAUCAACCACUGUCACUGCCAUGGCUACAACUUACAGAGAACCAACCACUGAAUAUACAAAAAGAAUCAGCUCAUCAAGUUACCAUGUAGGAGACAAAGAAACUCCAACUACUGCAGGCAUAGCAGUUACUACAGAGGAGCACUUUCCUGAACCAGACAAUGCCAUCUUCACUCAGCGAGUAAUUACAGGAACAAUGGCUUUAUUGUUUUCCUUCUUUUUUAUUAUUUUUAUAGUGUUCAUUUCCAGGAAGUGCUGCCCUCCCACUUUAAGAAGAAUUAGGCAGUGCUCAAUGAUUCAGAACCACAGGCAGCUCCGAUCCCAAACUCGACUCCACAUGUCAAACAUGUCAGACCAAGGACCGUAUAAUGAGUACGAACCCACCCAUGAAGGACCUUUCAUCAUCAUUAAUGGUUAUGGACAGUGCAAGUGUCAGCAGCUGCCAUACAAAGAAUGUGAAGUAUAAUAUCUAAUCAUCAAAAAUCACAUCAGAUAAGUAACCUAUUUUACAUAGUAGGGGCUAAAUACAUAUCUAAUUUUUACCAAUGGUGACAUUAAGCCUAAUUUUCCAAACCAAGUGGAGACUUGAGUUUUUGAAGUGUUGAAGUAUUUUUAAUUUUUUAAUGAAAACAUAUUUUAAGUGUUAAAUGAAGCAAUGCUCAUAUUAAUUUGCACUCUUGUUGGAAAGUCUAAAUGCUUACUUCAAUAUAAAACAUUUCAUGUAUGUAAUUAUAUACUAUUGUAUGUAAACAUUUACACUAGGGUCUCCAUAUGUUUUUUUUUCUACUGAAAACAGUUCUGAAAGAAGCUACUAAACAAAAAUAGAUAGGGAUGAAAACCUGUUUGAUUAUUGUUCUCCAUCCCAUGGACCACAACCGGCUUCCUGCUUAAAAGAAACAGCAAAGUUCUCUUGUAAGAUAAUGUGGUAUUUACUCAAACUAUAAUUUAUUGCCAAUAUGAGGAGGAGGCUUACAUGUGUGCUUAAGACUGGUAAAUAUUAAACAUUAUUCUUUCAGAGUUUGGUCUGGUUUAAUAGACACUAUCUAAGUUACAUCAUGAAACCAGCACCUUUUAUAUAACUCUAAUAAAACCGGGUGACUCUUUAACAAUAAAUCCAAGCAAUUAUUUUUUAAAAGCCUCAUUAUAAUAAAUCAAUAAUAAAUAAUUACACUGACUUCUUAUACAAUUCUAGUUUGACUUAUAAUGGACAUGAUGAUUUUUGUGGCAUUUAGACUAUUGUUUUAAACCUAGUAUUAAAUUACCAUUUUACUAAUUAACUUACUAAAUCAUAUACUUAUGUGAAAACUUAAACAUUUGGGAAAGAGAAAACUGAGUCAAUCUAACAACCCUGAUAUACUCCAUCCGGUCUGAAAAUAAUCCCCUCUCAUGGCUAAAGAUGCCUUGACUAACUGUUUAAGCUCUGCCUUCUGCCCUUCUCUGAUCUUUAAACCUCAAAGACCCAAAUUAAAAAUAAUCAGGUACUAAAGGCGCCCAACACUGACUCUUGUUAUAUUAUUAAGAAACAACAAGAAUCACUUUCAAAAUAUGUUGCAGCCUGCCCUUUAAGAAAGAGACACAUGUAUAUUGCUGGCUCCUUCUGAGAUGGGCAGAACUCUCGGCAUAGGCCCUGCAGCCACAGAAACUGAAGGCAGGGGGAGAGGGAGAGGAGAUAAAGAGCAAAGAGACUUUGGAAGCCCAGGACUCUCAGGUUAGUGGAGGUUACGAAGCCGCAGACGUGAUUAUGUACAAUUUGCACCAAAUAAGCAAUGCUCAGGGACCUGUGUGAUACAGAAGGAAGCUCUUUGGUGUAAAUAUGAACACUCUGAUCAUAGUAACAAAUGACAAGGAUGCCACAUUUUUUAACGAAGAACCAUAAGUGUUUAAUUAUCACUUCUUUAAGGCAAAUGAUGGCAUAUGGGGGAUUUAGACUCAUUUGUGUAGAAUUGUUCUACAAGGAAGGUUCCACAUACAGGAGAAAAAUGAAAUUAAAUCAUUAAUUUGGCUUCAGGAGGAAAAAAAA